AUGAACACUGAAGAAGCUUUACUAACCGGUGCAGUAGAUUAUGAAAACUAUGACACCAUUACCCAGGAUAUCGAUAAUAAAGAGGUGGAAAUAACCACUAGUCUGGAAUUAAAGACAAUUACCAAAUCUUCCAUUCCUUUGGUAUUCACAUUUUUCAUGCAAUAUUUCCUUUCGGUAACAUCGAUAUAUGCUGCUGGAAAAUUAGGUGCUAAAGAACUUGCGGCAUGUUCUUUGGCAGUAUGUACGUUUAAUAUUACUGGAUUGGCAACAUUUCGAGGUAUGGCGACUAGUUUGGAUACAUUUUGUUCUCAAGCUUUUGGAUCUGGGAAUAAGACGAUGGUCGGAGUAUAUUUUCAAAGAUGUAGUUUAAUGAUUUUGACAAUUACGAUUCCUUUGAUUAUAAUUUGGUUUAAUUCUGAGGCUAUUUUGGUUAAAUUAGUACCUGAUCCUGAAUUAGCCAAAAUGGCAGCAACAUUCUUGAAAAUCCAUACUAUAGGUGCCCCUGGACUUAUAUUUUUUGAAACUGGGAAGAGAUUCUUACAAGCCCAACAUAUUUUCGAAGCAGGUACAUAUGUCUUGGUUAUUGUUGCUCCGGUAAAUUUCAUUUUGAAUUGGAUCUUAGUAUGGCAUCCAAGAUUAGGUCUUGGCUAUAUUGGGUUACCUAUUGCAAUAUCUAUUACAUAUUGGUUAAUUUCAUUAUUCAUGUUAGGCUAUGUUGUAUUCAUCAAUGGAAAACAAUGUUGGGGAGGAUUGGAUAUUGCCAGUGCAACUAGAAAUUGGAAACCAAUGUUAUCGUUGGCCAUUCCGGGUGUCAUUAUGGUGAUUGCUGAAUUCUUGGCAUUUGAAGUGUUGACUAUAUUAGCUGCAAGUUUUGGAACUGAAUCUUUGGCAGCACAAUCGAUUGUAUCUAAUGUUGCAGCUUUAUUCUUCCAAAUGCCAUUUGCAGUUGCUGUUGUGUUAAGUACUAGAAUUGGACAUUUUGUUGGGAAUGAAAAUAUAAGAGGUGCAAAGAUUAAUACUAAUUUGUUUUGUUUACUUGGUGGUUUACUUGGACUUUUUAAUUUCUCAGUUAUGUUCUUUGGUAGAACUGGAUUAAGUAAAUUAUUUACUCAAGAUCCUAAAGUAUUAGAAAGUUCCAAAGCUCUUCUUACAUUGGCUGCAAUAAAUCAAAUUGGAGAUGCAUUUAAUGUUAUAGCUACAGGUGUAUUAAGAGGUCAAGGAAGGCAGCAGAUUGGGUCAAUAUUAUAUAUGACUUCAUAUUAUUUAAUAGCAUUGCCAUUAGGGUAUAUAUUUGCAUUUCCAAUGGGAUUACAUUUGAAUGGAUUAUGGUUGGGAUUAAUGUCGGGAGUUGGAUUUUUAGCCAUUAGUUGUGGUAUUGUAGCAUAUUGGGGUGAUUGGGAAAAGAUAUUACGUGAUUCUAAAGGAAUACAUGAUGAUUAA